GGAUUAGGGUUAACUCUUCGCAAUCAGUGAAUCACAGCGUCUCUUGGGCGCCAACCAAAGCUCUUGCAAAUCAGCCUGUUUGGGCACAAACAGGGGAAGGAAUGGGUAGCCAAACUGCUACAAGCAAUGAUCGAUCAAGGACAUACUGGACGCCAACAAUGGAAAGCUAUUUUAUUGACCUUAUGUUAGAGCAGAUGCAUAGAGGCAGUCGGAUUGGCCACACUUUCAACAAGCAAGCAUGGACUGACAUGCUUAAUGUGUUCAAUGCAAAAUUUGGAUCUCAAUAUGACAAAGAUGUUCUAAAAAGUCGAUAUACAAAUAUGUGGAAGCAAUUCAAUGAUGUAAACAAUCUUCUUGGUCAGAGUGGAUUUUCUUGGGAUGAAACUCGACAAAUGGUGGUAGCUGAUGAUUAUGUCUGGGAUGCUUACAUUAAGGCUUACCCUGAUGCGCGAUCCUACAGAACUAAAGCAGUUUUGGAUUUUAGUAAAUUGUGCAUGAUAUAUGGGUAUACCACUGCUGAUGGAAGGUACAGUCGAUCAAGUCAUGAUCUAGACUUUGACGAGGAAGUGCAAGGAGUAAAUAUGGGUGAUGGAAUGGGCAGUCUUGCCCCUUCGAAUAAUGAGCGCUCACGGACUGAUUGGACUCCAGCCAUGGACCAAGUUUUCAUUGAGCUUAUGCUGGACCAAGUAGAAAGAGGGAAUAGGACCGACAAUGCAUUCAAUAAACAAGCAUGGACUGAUAUGCUUGCUUCGUUCAAUGCAAGGUUUGGUCCUCAACAUGGCAAAAGAGUUUUAAGGCAUCGAUACAAGAAAUUGUGGAAGUACUAUAGUGACAUCACAUUUUUUCUUAAACAAAAUGGCUUUUCCUGGGAUGAAACACAACAAAUUAUUGCAGCUGAUAAUGAUGUCUGGGAUGCACAUAUCAAGGCACACCCGCAUGCGCGGACAUAUAGAAGAAAAACUUUGCCAAACUACUAUGAUUUGCUCCUAAUAUAUGGAAAUGAAAUUGGUGAUGGGUUCAACUGUGAUUUACAGCAGAACAAAAACCCUGAAGAUGACAUAUCAGAAAGGAAAGCUGCUGAAGGCAAGGGGGAGCAGACCCCUACUUUGAGUGAUCGUACAAGAACAUAUUGGACACCACCAAUGGACCGUUAUCUUAUAGAUUUGUUACUAGAACAGGUGCAUAAAGGAAAUAAACUGGGGCAGACUUUCAUAACCCAGGCUUGGAUCAACAUGGUUACCUCUUUCAAUGCAAAAUUCAGAUCUCACCAUGACAAAGAUGUUCUGAAGAAUCGAUACAAACAUUUGAGGAGGCAGUACAAUGACGUAAAGAUUCUUCUUGAGCAGAAUGGGUUUUCAUGGGAUGAAACAAGAGAAAUGGUAACAGCUAGUGACAUUGUUUGGGAUGCUUAUACCAAGGAACAUCCUGAUGCUCGAUCAUAUAGAGUUAAAACUCUGCCAAGCUAUUACAAAUUGUGUGUUAUAUUUGGGGAAGAGCGUUCUGAUGGUAGAUACAGCCGUUUGGCACACAAUGCAGACCCCAGUGCUGAAUUGCCUGUUCUGAUGACUGGUACUGGUGAGGAAAUAAAUGAACAAUGUUUUGCUGGUGAUAUUCUCUUGGGAAUAGAUUGGACACCAUCAAUGGAGCUUCAUUUUAUUGACCUUAUGAUUGACCAUGUGCACAGAGGCAAUAAGCUUGAUCACAUAUUCAAUGAGCAAGCAUGGGCUGAUAUGGUUGGAUCAUUUAAUGAAAAUUUCGGAUUAAGAUGUAACAAAAAUCUUCUAGAAGAUCGGUAUUUCUGCUUGAUGAAACAGCAUGAUGACAUCUGCAAUCUUCUUAAUCACACCGGUUUUACAUGGGAUGAAUCUCAACAAAUGGUAACUGCCGACAAUGAUGUCUGGGAAGCUUAUGUUGAGGAAUAUCCAGAUGCUAUUUCAUAUAGAGGUAAAGUCUUACACAGUCACAGUGACUUGUGCAAGAUCUUUGGAAAUAAAGUAGCAGAUGGAAGAGUCUAUGAUCAGUCCCUGGGGAUGGAAACAGACAUAACUGCCCUGGAAAUAGAGAUGGAUGGACCAUCAAGAGAUCCACAAUAUCCAGCCGGGAAUACUCAAGCAUCUGAUGAUGAGAGAAAGCGGCCAACCGGGACACCUUCGGCGUCCCGACGUCCUAAAAAGGCACAAAAGACUGGCAAGAGAAUGGAAGAAGCUCUUUCCGAGAUGGCGGGUGUAGUGAAAAGAUUGGUAAAUAAGAAAGAGAAAAAGAACUGCAAAUUGAUAGAAAGUGCAAUUGAUGCUCUCCAAGCAAUACCGGAAAUAGAUGAUGAGCUAAAGCUGGAUGCUUGUGAUCUUUUGGAAGAUGAGAGAAAAGCAAAAACGUUUUUGGCGUUGGAUGUGUCUCUCAGAAGGAAAUGGUUACUAAGAAAGCUCCGUCAGUAGUCGCCUUAGUUUUUGAGUGACUAAAUAUCUCAAACAAAUUUUGACUGAGAUUAGAUAAUUUAGUCUGUAAAUACACACUAGCACUCGUAAUAUUGUAUUGAACCUUUUUAACUGUUCAUCAAUUUUUAUGUACAUGUUUUCUGGAGUU